AUGCAUUCCCCGCAUGCAACUAGGGGCUCGAGGCUCCCUCGUCGAGCCCUCAAGGAAGAUAACUCAGAGGAAGGCGAGUACGAAAUACAAAUUCAAGAUGGGCAACCUCGGCAACGUGGAGUUGAGAGGAGCCGGUCAAUUGGUAGUCGUCGUGGUGCCCGUACUAGCGGUGGGUCUUCGGUAUCAUCUAACGCCACGUCUAGAAGCAAGUCAGGCGGCAGAAGUCGAAGCAACAGUGUGGGUCGGUUGUCAACGCAUCGACAAAGAAGUCGUGCAUCCAUGGCCUCCCCUUCGAAAUAUGGUCGUGGCUUGAGGCGAGCAGAUUCCAAAGACGCAGAGUUGGAUGUAUCCAGACGAUCCACAACGACCGCUGCCACAGAUGAUCUAUCCGAUGGACCGAGUCCACUUGCGGAAGACGACGAUGAUUCCAAUCAUCACCUACGUCGAAGGCUGACUGAAAUGACAGAUAUGGCUGCUGUUGCAUCACCUUCCCAUUAUCGCCAACGAAAACAGCGUUUGCGCAACAGACUUUCCAAUGAGAAUUUGAACGCUGCGGAUCAGAUUACCAUAUCUCCCUGCGGAUCUGUAGGAUCCAAAAAUACCAAGCAGGCGGAUAAAUCCGCUAUGGAUCAGGUGCCCGAUCUUGCUAAAGAUGCCGAUGAGUUGGAAGGCGAACCAAUUUCCUCGGAAGUGAAAGAGUCCAUCGAUCGCCAACAAAGAAGAGAACAGGCUGCCUUAGAGGAAGUCAUGUCUUUGGUAUCCAAGACCAAGAGAAGCUCCAAGCGUCCGGGAAUGGGUCUGCCAGUGGACGCCUCUGACCGAUCCUUGUUAUCCUCCAGUAGUAGUGGCAUCCCCAAAGAAAUGGGAUCAAAGGCAUCUGGUGAUCGAUCCCUUCGCAGAACUCAGAGCUUGAACGUGGGACCUGGUAGUCGAAAGCCACCAAGUCGUAGGUCUGUCAAAGGGGCCAUGUCGCAGAAGAAAGAGCGUCGCGAUAUGGUGAAGAGUAACCUUGGCAUGUUUGUCGAAGACGAUCACUGA